AUGAAGGAAAAGUGUGCAAGAUUGUAUUUAGGAAAAGAACCAUUUCUUGAAAAUUGUAAUAGCUCGACUGAAUACGGAUGUUUACUAGCCGAUGUUGAUCACGUAAUAGUUACAUCUCAGGAAACAAUAACGUUCAACCAAACUGUUAUAUCUCUGGAAACAUUAACGUUCAACAAAACUGUUACUGUUAUAUGGGUCGCUAAGCCUCGUCCAUGUAUACGACUGGAGCAAAUAGGCGAUGGACAUAUUGACUGCUAUGGUGGAUUAGAUGAAAGAAAUAGAAUCGGCUGCUCGUCCAAAGGAAUGCUAGGCUUUGAUUUCAAAUGUAAUGAUGAAUGCAUUGCAUACAAGCAACAAUGUCAAAGCCGUUGUCCUAACCGUGAUGAUAGUCAGCUGUGUGAUAAAAUCGUUGAAUCGAUUUUACCGCACAGACCAGCCCUGUAUUUCACGCAAAGAUGUAGUUAUGUCAAUUAUUUUUGGCAGAGUUCUACGGAGCGCUAUUAUUGUGACCAAGACGAUAUGGAGGGAUCAUUGGCCUACAGACAAAAGGCAUUAAUGAAACGAAUGAAUCCUACACCAUACCUGUUAUCGUACUUAGUCGGACGACGGAAUGCAACUGUUUCUAAGCAAGCUGUACCGGUACCAAACAUGUUUAGCAACAUGGAAGCGUAUUUUAAUAGAGAAAUUGAAAUGAUUGCUCAUUUCCUUACAUUAAAUGAAAUACUUGAGUACGAAGGAUACGUUAAACAGCAUUCGGUAGAAGCUUGGAUUUGCAACAGGGGUAUAGCCGUCAAAAAACAAUCAUCGAUUAUUUGCUUCUGUCCUCCGAGUCUAUAUGGAGAAUAUUGCCAAUAUUUCAGCGAUCGUAUUUCAGUCAUAACAAGUAUAACAAAUAUGCCAGAGAAAGAGGCAGUAAUCAAAAUCCUAGCCACGUUUCUGCUGGAGGAAGAUGUACUUGACCAUGAAGAGUUUGCUGUUUUUAGAAACGAUACAGACACAAAACAUUUAUUUUAUUUUGUAUAUUCAAAACCGAAACAGCUCAGAGUGUGGUUACAAAUGAUGUUAUGGGCUAGGAAGAGAGAAGGAGGGUAA